AUGGAUCCUUUGAACGUCUUGAUGAUUGGUACUGGAGAGUACACCACCGGUUUCGUCGGUGGUGGUGCCUCUGGUUCAGACAAGAAGGUUGGCGUUGUUGGUCUCAGUCUCUUUGAUUUGCGCCGUCGCGAAAAGGUCAACAAGCUGGGCAUGGUCGGUGUCAAUGGCAAGAAGUUCCCUGCUAUCCGCGAACAUCUCAACAAAAACAUCCAACAAGUCUACAACGACCUCGACACAUCCUUCGACUCCUUCCCUGCCAACGACAAGGUCGACCCUGAUGCCUACAAGUCCGCCAUUGACGCCCUCAGCCCAGGCGAUGCCAUCACAAUCUUCACCCCUGACCCUACUCACUUCCCCAUCGCAAAGUACGCCAUUGAGCGCGGCAUCCAUGUCAUGAUCACAAAGCCCGCCGUCAAGGUCCUCGAGGAACACCAGCAGCUCGUCGACCUCGCUCAGAAGAAGGGCGUCUACGUUUACGUCGAGCACCACAAGCGCUACGAUCCUGCCUACGCUGAUGCUCGCGCAAAGGCUCAGAAGCUUGGCGACUUCAACUACUUCUACAGCUACAUGUCUCAGCCCAAGUCACAGCUUGAGACCUUCAAGGCUUGGGCUGGUAAGGAGUCUGAUAUCUCAUACUACCUUAACAGCCACCACAUCGAUAUCAACGACUCUAUGGUUCAGGAGCGCGGAUACGUUCCCGUGAGCGUCAAUGCCUCUUCCUCCAAGGGUGUUGCCGUCGAACUCGGCUGUGAUCCUUGUACCGAGGACACAAUCUCUCUGCUCGUCACCUGGAACAAGCAGGGCGAGCCCAGCAAGCGCGCCGUUGGUGUCUACACUGCUUCAUGGACCGCGCCUCAAAAAGCCGGUGUCCACUCCAACCAGUACUUCCACUACCUCGCCGCCAAUGGUGAGAUCCGCGUCGACCAGGCCAAGCGAGGUUACGAUGUCGCCGACGACUCCGUCGGUCAGAUGAUGUGGUACAACCCCUUCUACAUGAAGUACGCCCCGGAUGAGGAUGGAAACUUUGCCGGCCAGACCGGUUACGGUUACAUUUCCAUUGAGAAGUUUGUCGAUGGCUGCCGUGCCGUGAACUCAGGCAAGCUCAAGCCCGAGGACCUUGACGCCAAGCCUCUUCCCACACUCAAGAACACCAUUGCCACAACAGCGAUUCUUGAGGCCGGUCGAAGGAGUAUCGAUGAGAACAGGGAGAUCAAGAUUGUCAUUGAGGAUAGCAAGUGGAGAUUGGAGUAA